CAGGUCUCAUUGGUCAGUUUGGUUGCCAACACGUUGGGUUAUUCAGACUUUGCAGCCAUCAAGUCCCUGCGGACGCUGCGAGCCCUGCGUCCCCUCAGAGCCCUCUCCAGAUUUGAAGGCAUGAGGGUGGUCGUUAACGCUCUGAUCGGGGCGAUUCCCUCCAUCAUGAACGUGCUGCUGGUCUGUCUCAUCUUCUGGCUCAUCUUCAGCAUCAUGGGCGUCAACCUGUUCGCCGGGAAGUUCGGCCGCUGCGUGAACCGCACGGGGCACAUCUACGAGGCCGCCUUCAUCAACAACAAGUCCGAGUGCGACGCGCUCAACGACACAUCGCUCUUCUACUGGACCAAAGUCAAAGUCAACUUCGACAACGUUGGCGCUGGAUACCUGGCUCUGCUGCAAGUGGCAACAUUCAAAGGCUGGAUGGACAUCAUGUACGCAGCGGUGGACUCACGAGCUGUGGAGGAGCAGCCGAUCAAAGAGAUUAACCUUUACAUGUACCUGUACUUCGUCAUCUUCAUCAUCUUCGGCUCCUUCUUCACCCUCAACCUCUUCAUUGGUGUCAUCAUCGAUAACUUCAACCAGCAGAAGCGAAAGUUAGGAGGGCAGGACAUCUUCAUGACGGAGGAGCAGAAGAAAUACUACAACGCCAUGAAGAAACUGGGCUCCAAGAAACCUCAGAAACCCAUCCCCCGACCUACGAACUCGGUGCAGGGCUUCUUCUUCGACCUGGUGGGGAAGCAAGUGUUCGACAUCAUGAUCAUGAUGCUGAUCCUCUUCAACAUGAUCACCAUGAUGGUGGAGACGGACGAGCAGUCUCCUCAGAUGGAGUACAUCCUGAACAACAUUAACCUGGUCUUCAUCAUCGUCUUCACCAUGGAGUGCCUCAUCAAGAUCGUGGGGUUGCGCUGCUACUUCUUCACCGUUGGCUGGAACAUCUUCGACUUCGUUGUCGUCAUUCUCUCCAUCGUCGGUAUCGUGCUUGCUGACAUCAUCGAGAAGUACUUUGUGUCACCAACGCUGUUCAGAGUGAUCCGAUUGGCCCGUAUUGGACGCGUUCUACGUCUCAUCAGAGGCGCCAAGGGCAUCCGGACGUUACUGUUCGCCCUCAUGAUGUCACUUCCUGCCCUCUUCAACAUCGGGCUCCUUCUCUUCUUGGUCAUGUUCAUCUACGCCAUCUUCGGCAUGGCAAACUUCGCCUACGUGAAGCGGCAGGCGGGCAUCGACGACAUGUUCAACUUUGAGACGUUUGGGAACAGUAUGAUCUGUUUGUUCCAGAUCACCACGUCAGCAGGAUGGGACAGUCUGCUCAGCCCCAUCCUCAACAACUCCCCCGAGGAGUGCAACCCCAACAUCCGCCACACCGGCACCAAUGUUCGGGGGAACUGCGGGAACCCGUCAGUGGGUAUCACCUUCUUCGUCACCUACAUCAUCAUCUCCUUCCUCAUCGUGGUGAACAUGUACAUCGCCAUCAUCCUGGAGAACUUCAGUGUGGCUACGGAGGAGAGCACCGAGCCGCUGAGCGAGGACGACUUUGAGAUGUUCUACGAGGUUUGGGAGAAGUUUGAUCCGGAGGCCACGCAGUUCAUAGAGUAUGCCAAACUAUCCGACUUUGCAGACUCGCUUUCGGAGCCGCUGCGCAUCGCCAAGCCCAACAAGAUCAAACUGAUCUCAAUGGACCUGCCCAUGGUCAGUGGGGACAAGAUCCACUGCCUUGACAUCCUCUUUGCCUUCACCAAGCGCGUCCUGGGUGAGUCGGGCGAAAUGGACGCCCUCAAGCAGCAGAUGGAGGAGAAGUUCAUGAUGGCCAACCCGUCCAAGAUCUCCUACGAGCCGAUCACGACGACUCUGAGGCGCAAACAGGAAGACGUCUCCGCCGCAGUGAUCCAGAGGUGCUACCGCAGACACCUGGUGAGGCGGCAGAUGAAGGCUGCUUCUUACAUGUACCGCCAGAUCACCACACCUCGGCACGCAGGAGAUGACGGUGAGGAUGAUAGCGAGAGAGUGUUCGAGGAAGCACCUGAGAAAGAAGGGUUGAUCGCCGCCAUGAUGAGGGAAAACUACGGCUCAAGUUUGUUAGGGAUGGAGCGAUCCGAGACGAUUUCCUCCACCUCGUCUCCACCGUCCUACGACAGCGUGACGCGAGCCACGUCGGAGAUCUUUCACCCGCUCGCCGUCAAGACAGAAACGGUCGCUGUUGACACCGCAGGCAGUGAACCAAGCGAACAAUCGGAAUCAGUGGUCACCCCUGACAGACAACAGGAAACGGUACCGUAG